AUGAUUCAAAAGAUGAAGGCUGCCGUUGUUUAUGCCUUUGGUCCAUCAAAAAAUAUAAAAAUAUUAAAUGAUUAUGUUAAGCCUACUAUUUUGGAUCAUGAAUGCUUAAUAAAUGUUAAAUUUGCAGGAGUAAAUCCUGUAGAUACAUAUAUUAGAGAAGGUAAAUAUCCUGUUUUACCAGAACUACCAUAUAUUCCUGGCAGGGAAGGAUCUGGAAUUGUUGUACAAAUUGGACCCGCAUUUAAAGGUCAAAUCUCUAUUGGGGAUCGUGUUUGGUUUUCAAGUCCAAGAACUGGUAGUUGUGCUGAAUUUUGUGCUGCAAAACAUGUCUUCCCACUUCCAAAAGAAGCACCUUUAGAAUAUGGUGCUGUUUUGGGUAUUGCUUAUUCAUCUGCUUUUAGAGCUUUAUUCAUGAAAGCAAAUAUAACUGAGUCAGAUACUUUAUUAAUACAUGGUGCAUCAGGAGGAGUUGGAACUGCUGCAAUCCAACUAGCCAAAUCUGUAGGAGCUAAGGUAAUAGGAACAGCAGGAAGUGUUGAAGGAAUGGAAUUAAUAAAAAAACAUGGUUGUGACGAAGUCUAUAAUCACAGGACACCAGAAUACAUAAAUCAACUCAAGGAAACAUAUCCUCAAGGUUUUAGCAUAAUCUUAGAAGUCUUAGCCAAUGUUAAUCUUGACAAAGAUCUGGACUUAGUUGGAAAAAAAGGAAAAAUAGUUAUUAUUGGAAACCGUGGUAUGGCACAAAUUGAUGCUAGAAAACUGAUGGCAAAGGAAAGUAUGAUUACGGGGGUAGGCUUAGCACAUACAACACCACAAGAAUUUCCUGUUAUUGGUUCAACUCUUUCAACUUUAUUAAACCAAAAAAAAAUAUUUCCCAUAAUACAAAAAAUUGGAAAAUUAGAAGAUUUAAGUCAAUUACAUGAUGAGAUUAUGGAUCCAAAUGUUACAAGAACUGGAAAAAUAACUGUUUCUAUUUAA